GAUCCUGGCUGGCGGGUCAGCUUCAUUGGACCUGCCGACUGUGGCGACGUGGCCUGGUCACGGGCUGGGAGAUUCCAGGAAGGGUGCUUGUGGCCUUCAGAAAGCUCCGUUUCACGCCAGGGUGCUUCAGAGAUCAUGUAUGCUCCAAGGUCCAGGGACAGGUUUACCACCCCGUCGUUUAUGCAGCGGGACCGUUUCAGUCGCUUCCAGCCCACUUACCCUUACAUGCAGCAUGAGAUUGACCUUCCUCCGACCAUCUCCCUCUCUGACGGGGAAGAGCCACCGCCGUACCAAGGCCCGUGCACCCUGCAGCUCCGGGACCCAGAACAGCAGAUGGAGCUCAACCGGGAAUCUGUCAGGGCACCACCCAACCGAACCAUUUUUGAUAGCGACUUGAUAGACAUCUCGAUGUACAAUGGGGGCCCCUGCCCACCAAGCAGCAAUUCGGGCAUAAGUGCAACCAACUAUAGCAGUAACGGAAGGAUGGAAGGACCACCCCCGACGUACAGCGAGGUCAUGGGGCAUUACCCAGGCUCCUCUUUUUUCCAUCACCAGCACAGCAACGUGCCUCCUUCCUCACAGAGGGGGAGCAGACUUCAGUUUCAGCAGAACAAUUCAGAGAGCGCAAUAGUCCCCAGCAAAGGCCAAGACCGGAAACCAGGAAACCUGGUCUAAGUCACUCGCCCAGGUGCGUUUGAACUGAAGAUGAGAGAUUCAAGCAGGCCGGUGGAAGAAGACCCCCGUGCUCCGGUGCACAGUGUUGUUACGUUUCACGUGGUACAACUUAGUAAAACCAAACGUGCAAACCA